GCCAAAAAAACAACAAUAAAAAAAUAUAAAAUAAUUAAAAAGAAAAGGAGUUGUUCGUAUCGUAUUCUACCUUAUAAAAACACACCAUCCUUGUUUCCCUCUUCCUACACCGCACUCUCUUCUUCCUCCUCUGUGAUUUUAUCUCUCUCUCCUCUGUUUGGACCCAUGGAUAAGGUUAAACUCGUGAAGAAUGGUGUUCUGAGAUUGCCACCUGGAUUCAGAUUUCAUCCCACUGAUGAGGAACUUGUGGUUCAGUACCUAAAGAGAAAAGUCCUCUCUUCUCCUUUGCCAGCUUCCAUCAUUCCUGAUUUCGAUGUUUGCAGAGCUGAUCCUUGGGAUUUACCUGGCAAUUUGGACAAGGAGAGGUACUUCUUCAGCACAAGGGAAGCCAAGUACCCAAAUGGGAACCGGUCCAACCGGGCAACCGGUUCCGGUUAUUGGAAAGCUACCGGUAUCGAUAAACGGGUCGUGACCUCUAGAGGAAAUCAAAUCGUUGGGCUGAAGAAAACACUCGUCUUCUACAAAGGCAAACCACCUCAUGGCUCAAGAACCGAUUGGAUCAUGCACGAAUAUCGCCUCUCUUCCUCUCCUCCGAGUUCCAUGGGCCCCAUCCAGAACUGGGUUCUUUGUCGUAUCUUCCUAAAGAAGAGAGCCGGUAAUAAAAGCGACGACGACGACGGAGAUAACCGGAAUCUUAGAUAUAAUAAUAAUGACCAAACUGAAAUAAUUACAACAAACCAAACCGAAGAUAAAACGAAACCAAUCUUCUUCGAUUUUAUGAGAAAAGAAAGGACUACGGAUUUGAACCUUUUGCCGAGCUCUCCAUCUUCCGAUCAUGCCUCAAGUGGACUCACGACGGAGAUCUUCUCUUCUGAUGAAGAGACCAGUAGUUGCAAUAGUUUCAGAACAAAUCUUUAAUUUAAUUUUAAUGUUGACUAUCUUAAUAAUUUAAUAUUAAUACGACUCUCCUUCCCUUUUUUUUCCCAUUUUACUUGAAAACGAAUCUUUGUCCUCUCUUUCGUUUCGUGUUAAUUUUUUUUUUUAUAUAUAAAAUAAAUUUCGUGAA